GUUGCAUUAGUGACAGCAAAACCAUGAAAUAAUUAUCUAACUGUACUUUCUAAAGUGAUGACAGGGGUUAUUUUAGCGAAAGGGAUGAUGGGAGUUUUCCACGUGUCCUCUUGUGUCUGUUUCAGAGGAAGAACAUGAGAGCUGAAACAACACGAAUAUGAGCUGAAACACAUUUAUGGAGACUGGACCAGGUAUGGAUGAGACAGAUGUCAGACAAUAACUGACCUCAGAUGAUAACGACGGUUUGGAGUUUCCCGUCAUGCAAUUCGUGCUCCGUUUGUUUCACUUUCUGUCUUGCAGCUCUUGAGACGGCACGCUGAGAGGAUGUCCACCAUGUUGGCUGCUCCUCUGCUGCUGCUCCUCUUGGUUUCUUGUCAUCCCUCAUCUGGAGCUCCCAAUCAGUCCAGUAAGGAGGUCCCCAUAUCCACCAAUGGCCAGCCAUUCCCCUGGGACCUCAUGAGGCUUCCCAGAUCCGUCUCCCCUCUUCACUACGACCUGACCAUUCAUCCCAACCUGACCUCCCUCACCUUCACCGGAGUCGUUCGGAUCCAGUUGGAAGUCCACGAACACACCAGGACGGUCAUCCUCCAUGCCAAGCAGAUGGAGGUGUCCAAUGUGAUCAUCCUGGCGCCUGAAGGUGUGAGGCCGCUCCAGGUUUUAGAGUAUCCCCGUUUCCACCAGAUUGCCUUGGUUUCAGACUCAUGGCUGAUUAAAGGUAGAAAGUAUGAAGUACAGAUGGAGUUUGCUGCCAACUUAUCUGACAGUUACCAUGGAUUCUACAAGAGCAGCUACCGCACCAGUAGUGGGGAGAUCCGGUUAAUGGCAUCCACCCAGUUUGAAGCCACCUUUGCACGAGGAGCUUUCCCCUGUUUUGAUGAACCAGCCUUCAAAGCCAACUUCACAAUACAGAUUAUACGAGAGCCACGUCACAUCGCAAUAUCCAACAUGCCCAAGUUAAAAACAGUGGAUUUGCCGGGUGGUUUACUUGAAGAUUACUUCGACACCACUGUGAAAAUGAGCACUUACCUGGUGGCCUACAUUGUCUCUGACUUUGUGUCUGUGAGCAGGACGACUCAACACGGUGUCAAGAUUUCAAUCUAUGCUGUACCGGACAAGAUAGACCAGACCACCUUUGCACUGGAUGCUGCUGUCAAGCUGUUGGACUUCUACGAUGACUAUUUCGACAUUCCUUAUCCAUUACCAAAACAAGACCUGGCUGCUAUCCCAGACUUCCAGUCAGGCGCGAUGGAGAACUGGGGUCUGACCACCUACAGAGAGACAGGCCUCCUGUUUGACCCAAAGAGGUCCUCGGCCUCAGAUAAAAUGGGUAUCGCCAAGGUCAUCGCCCAUGAACUGGCACAUCAGUGGUUUGGGAACCUGGUGACCAUGGAGUGGUGGAAUGACUUGUGGCUGAAUGAGGGAUUUGCAAAGUUCAUGGAGUACAUCUCCCUGGACAUCACCUACCCAGAGCUGCAAGUGGAUGACUUCUUCUUGGGGAAGUGUUUUGAGGCCAUGGAGGUGGACUCCCUCAGCUCCUCUCACCCGGUCUCCACUCCGGUGGAAAACCCCACACAGAUCCAGGAGAUGUUUGAUGAUGUGUCAUAUGACAAGGGGGCGUGUAUUCUGAAUAUGCUGCGAGACUUUCUGACUCCAGAGGCCUUUGAGAUUGGUAUUAUUAGAUACCUGAAGCGAUACAGCUACCAAAACACUGUCAACAGCCACCUGUGGGAAAGUUUGACAGAUAUAUGUAACUCAGGUGUUUUGGAUGAAGGUGGAAAAAAACACAAAGAGUUUUGUUCCAAGCGCAACCUCCAGUCUGGAGCAUCUAAAUGGUUCUCUGGUGAUGAACUGGAUGUCCGGGCCAUCAUGGACACGUGGACUCUACAGGAGGGCUUCCCUCUGGUCACUGUGGAGGUCAGAGGUCGGGAGGUCAGGCUUAGCCAGGAGCGGUACCUGAAGACAGAUGACCCCUCCCUCACUGAAGGAUUUCUGUGGCAGAUCCCUCUGACCUACAUAACCAGUGCUUCAAACACUGUCCACCGCUUCCUCCUGAAGACCCGGACUGAUGUCCUGUACCUACCAGAAGAAGUGGACUGGGUCAAGUUUAAUGUAGAUAUGUGCGGCUACUACAUGGUCCACUACGCAGGCGAUGGAUGGAACUCCAUUAUUAAACUCCUUCACCACAACCACACAGCCCUCAGCAGCAACGACAGGGCCAGUCUCAUCCACAACAUCUUCCAGCUCGUCAGUGUGGGGAAGGUGAGGCUGGACACGGCUCUGGAGUUGUCUCUGUAUCUAUCCAAAGAGACGGAGGUCAUGCCUGUGACGCAGGGCUUUGGGGAACUCGUACCUCUAUACAAACUGAUGGAGAAACGAGACAUGGCUGCUCUGGAGAAUCAAAUGAAGGGUUUCAUUGUGGAUCUGUUCCGGGACCUGAUUGACCGGCAGGAGUGGACCGACUCAGGUUCAGUGUCUCAGAGAGUCCUGAGGAGUUAUCUGCUGACGUUCGCCUGUGUCAGGAACUACAGCCCCUGUGUGACCAAAGCCCAGCAGCUUUUCAAGAAGUGGAAGGACUCUGAUGGGAGCCUGAGCCUCCCUGUUGACGUCACCACGGCUGUGUUCAUGGUCGGGGUUCGAACACCAGAAGGCUGGGAUUUUAUGUUUGAAAAGUACCAUCAGUCACUUCAGAUGUCAUUCAGAAGUCGCCUGAAGAGUGCCAUGGCUUUUAGUCCACUCCAGGACAAGCUCCAGUGGAUGAUGGAGCAGAGCCUCCAUGGGCAGGUGAUGAAGACCCAGGACCUUCCUGAUGUUGUCGUCGUCAUUGCCAGGAACCCCCACGGUUACAAACUGGCCUGGGACUUCCUCCGAUCCAACUGGCACACCAUGAUAAAGAAGUUUGACCUGGGCUCCAACACCAUCUCAUACCUGGUGAAUGGAGUGACGAACCAGUACUCGACCAGGGAGAUGCUCAGUGAGGUGAAAAGCUUUUUCGGCUCCCUGACUGAGGAAACAGGCUCAGAGAUGAGAUGCAUCCAACAGGCCUAUGAAACCAUUGAGGACAACAUCCGCUGGACUGACUCUAACCUUCCUCUGCUGCAGAACUGGCUCAACAAACACAUGGGCAGAGUGGUCCAUGAAGAUCUGUAGUGAUAUGGAAAACAGAGAAGGUGAAGGAUAAACCCGUCGCUUCUUGAGUCAUGUAUUGUGUGCUCAUGAGAGACUGAAACGACAAAUAUAAUUAUUUUGAUAUCUUUUAAAUCAAGGCACCUUGUUUAAUAACUGACCUGACUUCAGAUUUGAUUCCAAAAUAAGUUUUUUUCUAUUUGUAAAAUGUCAUCUUACCACCAUUAUAAACUGUGAACUACAGGCUGAAACUGGUGCAGCGCCUCCAUAUUAUGAGAGUUAUAGUGGAGUAUGAGGCACUGUUAUUAUUAUUAGUACUUUAUUUUUUAGUACUUUAUUUUACCAGGUAAAAUCAAUUGAGAACAGCUCUCAUUUCCAAUGAUGACCUGGCAAGAGGCUCCAACAGACAAAAACUAAGACAAAACAAAAGUAAAACAGGUAAAAGGAAACAGUACAGACGAAAACUGCUAAUGCCCUGAAAACAGAGCGUGAAAGGAGAUUACCCCAGAGGAAAAAGAGCCAUUAGUUUGUUAUUGUCAUUGCUCUACUUUUUUUUAGACAGGAUUGAUUAAUAAAUAUUCAAAAACAGUCUUUGACAAACCUGUUUUCCCUCAUUUCACAUAAAAAUAUUUUGCAGUGUGUGUGCAUUUCUGCUUACCUGUACUUGUUUGUGUUUAUGUGUAUGUGUUAAAGUUGUUAAAAGGAGGUGUUGUGCAGCUUGUGUCAGGUUUGUGUUGUUUUAUUAUCGCAGGGACCGAAAUUUACAUUGUACAGUGUUGAACGAAGGUACACGGGGGGAAUAUUAAUAAAUGUAGCUUUGUCCCAUGGCACGAUCCAUUCUCAGCUGAAAUGACAAAACACUUAGGUCAGGGGUGUCAAAUUCAUUUUAGUUCAGGGCCCACAUUCAGCCCAAUUUGAUCGUCAGUGGGCCGAACCAUUAAAAUAAUAGCAUAAUAACCUAUAAAUAAUGACAACUCCAA